CUGAUCGCACAGUCUGGGAAGAAGAGAGAAGACAAAUAACGGAGAUAAUGUAUUUUUAAACCUUUUUCUGGAAUUACAGACACUUUUGUUAGUUCUCCUCACUUUGGAUAUAUACAUGAUUUCCUCCAGCUUUUUGGAGUGAUUUAUUUGUUUUCUGUCUGAAUCUUCAUUCCGUGGUCUUCUGCAAAAUGUCGGACCGAACAAUGGCGCGGCAAGUACUGCUGUUUAUUUGGUUUCUCUCUCACAGCUCGGCUCUCGGGCAGGUCAGUUACUCCAUUCCUGAAGAAAUGGCGAAAGGAUCUUUAGUCGGGAACAUAGCGCAGGAUUUAGGUUUAGAUUUAAAGAGAUUGAAAUCGGGUAAAGCGCGUAUUUAUACAGGAGACAGCGCUGAAUACAUCGAGCUGAAUAAAGAAAGAGGAGUCCUCCUUAUCAAAGAGAGAAUAGACCGAGAGGCGCUGUGCGGACAGACAACGCCUUGCGCACUACAUUUACAGAUUAUUCUCGAAAGCCCGAUGGAGUUUUACAGUGUUAAUGUUGAGGUGCUUGAUAUAAAUGACCACACACCAUUUUUUGAAAAAAGCCAAAUUAUAUUCCGAAUUAGCGAAUCUGCGUCCAUUGGUACCAAAUUUACAAUAGAACCUGCUAGAGAUCUUGACGUUGGAAUGAAUGGUCUGCAGACAUAUAUAUUAAAACCGACAGAUAAUUUUGCCUUGAAAUUCAAGAGCCAGCCAGUGGGAGGACAAAAUGUUGAAAUGAUUUUACAAAAGCCUCUAGAUCGUGAGAAGCAGGAGCACGUGUUUUUAACAUUAACAGCCAUUGACGGAGGAGAUCCUCAAAUGUCUGGAAAUAUUCAGAUAAAUAUAAUUGUUUUAGAUGCGAACGAUAACACUCCAGUUUUCACAAAGUCAGUUUAUAAAACAGCUGUAACUGAGAAUUCACCAAAAGAAACAGUUGUGACGACAGUUACUGCGUCGGAUCCAGAUCAAGGAGUAAAUGGUGAAAUAAUAUAUUCAAUAACAAACACGCUAGAUAAAGUACGAGACAUAUUUGAAAUUAACGAGACUGAUGGCAAAGUAAGAUUGAUCGGUCUGGUUGAUUAUGAACAAGAUCGGCACUUUGAGAUUCGCGUUCAAGCUAGUGAUCAUGGAGGCUUUACUGAUUCUUGUAAAAUCAUAGUUGAUGUAAUUGAUAUAAAUGAUAAUAAGCCAUUGAUCAAUAUUAUGUCUAAAACAAACGUAAUAGCAGAAAAUUCCGCAUCUGAGACUGUGGUUACGAUGAUAAAUGUUCAGGAUCUUGAUUCGGGAGAAAAUGGGAAAGUUCAUUGUUCGAUUAAUGAGAAUAUUCCUUUCACUUUGAGGUCAACAAAUGCCAAUUUCUUCAGUUUAGUCACAGAUGGUGAUUUAAACCGAGAGCGCGAGUCUGAGUAUAACAUCAGUGUGACGUGCGCGGAUGAGGGCGUGCCCUCUCUCUCCAGCAGCGUCACUCUCUCCUUAAAGAUAUCAGAUGUGAAUGAUAACGCGCCUGUCUUUGACAAGAGCACAUAUGAGGCCUCUGUUCAAGAAAACAACACACCGGGACUUUCCAUAUUCACAGUCAGAGCCAGAGACGCAGAUUUUAACCAGAAUGCCCGUGUGUCUUAUAUACUGGAUGACUCAUCGGUUAACGGAGUGCCGGUGUCCUCUUUAGUGUCCGUUACUGCUGAUAGUGGAGUCAUACAUGCAGUACGAUCUUUCGAUUAUGAGCAGAUCAAAGAUUUCCAGUUCCGCGUAAAAGCGCAAGACGGAGGCUCUCCUCCUCUCAGCAGCAACGUGAGCGUGAAAAUAAUGAUUCAGGACCAGAAUGACAACGCGCCUCAGGUUCUGUAUCCGGUCCAGUCUGGCGCUUCUGUGGUGGCUGAAAUAGUGCCUCGUUCGGCAGAUGUGGGUUAUCUGGUGACUAAAGUGGUGGCUGUUGAUGUGGACUCUGGACAGAAUGCCUGGCUCUCAUAUAAACUGCAGAAAGCCACAGACAGGGCGCUGUUUGAAGUGGGCUUAGAGAAUGGAGAAAUAAGAACUGUACGCCAAGUGACAGAUAAAGAUGCUGUGAAACAAAGACUCACUGUUGUAGUGGAGGACAACGGGCAGCCCUCUCGAUCAGCUACAGUCAAUGUUAACGUGGCGGUGGCGGACAGCUUCCCUGAAGUGCUCUCGGAGUUCACUGAUUUUCCUCAUGACAAGGACUACAACGACAAUCUGACUUUCUAUCUAGUCUUGGCCUUGGCUGUAGUUUCGUUUCUCUUUAUCGUGUCUAUCAUCGCCAUACUGUCAGUCAAAUGCUACAGAUGGAGACGCGAGCGGAUGUUUUACAAAUCUGGAGCGAAUCUUCCAGUUAUUCCGUAUUAUCCGCCUCUUUACGCAGACGUAGGGGGUACAGGAACUUUACAGCACGUGUACAAUUAUGAGGUUUGCAGAACCACUGACUCCAGAAAGAGUGAUCUGAAAUACGUCAGACCUUGCAGUGAGAGCAUCAUUAGUCUGGACAGCAGCGGGACACAGACACUCACGCAUGCGCAAAGGGAGAGACUGAACUUUGAUGAUUGUGAAGAUCAGGUGAGAAAUAUUUUUACAGCUAAUUUAUAUCUCUGCUAAAUAAAUUGUCUCUGCAAUACUUAGAAAUGUAUUACGUUAUUUGUAUCAGAACAGAAAAUGACACGAAUCCCUUGCUGUUGUAUUUUCAUCCGUUUACUAUAAUUUGGUAAUAUUCUGAAAUACUAUGGCACUAUAGCCGAGUAAUUCUUUGUCCACUUUAACCUCAUUAUCUCGCUAGCUUAUGUACAGUUCUUAAAUUGUAGUUAUAACCCUUUUCCCUGAAUUAUUUUUCACUUUUUAUUUUUAUUUAUUUAUUUGUUUAAUUUUAUUAUUUAUUUGGUUAUUUUUCGUCAGAAAGUGAGAAACUAUUUAGCGUCUUG